CUGCAUAGACUGUAUCUUCUCUCCUCUCUCUCUCUCUCCAAUCAUCACUUUCACCAAAUUCAGCUCCACUGCCAAAACACUUAAUUUUCCCUGUUAACAUCUGGCUAGAGUUGCUGAAUCUUGACACGAUCGAUCACAAGAAAUUCUAAUUUCUCAACAUGGGAUCAGGAAAACAAGCAAGCUCAGAGACUUCAAGUGAAGAAAAUGGUAGGCAAGAGCAUGCCAAAGAAGAUGCAGCAACUACUACUACUAAACGCUUCUACGAAUGCACUUUCUGCAGGAGAGGAUUCACCAACGCGCAGGCCUUAGGUGGGCACAUGAAUAUACAUCGCAGAGAUCGAGCCAAGACCAAGCAAGUCUCAGCAAGUUCUUCAAUUUCAGGAAAAACCAAUGAGGAUUUCCUGAACCCUAACCAUAUGGGACCGAUUUCAAGUGAACUCAUGAACAAGUAUCCGGUUUUGGAGGCUCAAAGGGAAUAUUCCAUGUAUCUUCAUCCAUCUGAGUUUUCUUACCCUGGACAGCCACACGGUUAUUACCAUGGAAGUGAUUUUCUUGUCUCAAGGCAUCAGUCGUUGAGCGUGAAUGAAGAACUUUGGGGAGCGAAUUUGAGCUUGCAAAUCGGCUCCAGUCAUUCGGGAGACAAUGAACUGAAUAAGGAUGUUCCAAAAGAAGACGAGGUGGAUUUGGAGCUUCGACUUGGCCAUGAUCGGUAAUUGAUCGCCUCUGCCCACUAACCUAAGUGCCAAAUAUCAAGAAAACAUGCAUGGUGUACAGGAGAGGGUAUAAUGUACAGGUACUAUACUUGAUGGAGGGCAUAUCUUCUAGUUAUUGAAGUGAAACUUUAUUGGAGAAGCAUGGAAGGAGAUUAAAAAAGAUAUUGGUCCAAAUUUGCAUUUCCAUGAAAGAUGAAUCAGCAAACGAAGUCUUCUUCAGUUGCGUGAGAUGAGGUAAUUAAUCUAGUACAUAUAUUGUACUGUGUGUUUUGAUUAAGCAAAAUGAAAAUUCUUACUAGAAAGCUAUCUCCUUCACAUUCCGUUUUGAUAUUCUACACUACAGUAUCUUCAAUUCAAGCUUAUUUCCUUGUUUUUUGGUCUAUUAAUCAAAGAUUCUUCAUUGUAAAAACUGCAGUUCUCCUUAUGUGUAAAUGCCAUGUCUCUUUUGCUUAGAAAAAUAUACAGAACUACUGCAUUUUUGGUUGCCGAUUACAUUUCACAUGUAGGUAGAUCAACACAGCUUGCUGUUUGAAAUGAUUUCCUUUCUGAAUUAGGAAACACUCGGACAAGAAGGUAUUCUUUGGAAAUAUUUAAUCCAGUAGAGCACAUGAUAUUGCAAAAAAUGUAGAUUGUAGAUAUCAAGAAAUAAUUAUUUACUGCAUCUUUAUUUUCAAUCAAUUUCUUGAAAAUGUUCUCUUUUAAUUAAUCUGACACUACAAGCAUAUAUGCUACAGAUGAUUCAAAUUGGUAGCAUAGAUGUCCAUAAACUCUAAGCUAAACUGUGAAGCCUUUCUUUCUUUAUUUCUUCCUUACUUUCAACUGCCAAGCGUGAAUCCCCUGAAAGGACUGCACAUGAAAAGCAAAAUUCUGUGUGAUUAGUGCACUUCAGAUCUCUUGUACUUGGUCGUCAUGAUAUAUCACAAUUUUAGAAAUGACAUAAAUUAGAGAUAUAAAUAUUUAAAUAUAUUCCUGCAUUAGCACAUGAUUAUCCAGGUUUAAGCCUUGACUUUCAUUGCAAUCUGGGGUAGAAUUUGGAAAGGAGAAGACUAUCCAUGUUUUUAAUUUGCGGGAAAUAAUCUGUUUAUUUAGAGGCUAGUUGGAGAUUGCUUAACUGGAGAAGAAAGUAGAUAUAUGUGUUUCUUUACCUGAUCGUGCAUGGGAAUUUUCCUAGAAAUACGUUCUAGGCGGAAAGCUAUGCCUAUACGAGAUCAAAUGAUUCUCGAAUAUGGCAGUUUGAAGGUUGCUUUAAGGAAGAAUUAAUAGAAGGCAAAAGGAUAAAAAAUG